AUGACUUCGUAUUUCGUCGCCGCUUCCUUGCUCGGUCUUUCAUCGCUGGCCAUUGCCGCCAACUUCACUCAGGUCUUUGAGUGCAAUGAAUUGGACUACGAGUGGCCGUCAGAUCCGAAAAGGGCACAGGCCUUGCAAGAUGGAACUUUCAAGCCAGAGGAAUUUUAUCCUGGUUACAUGGCUGUCUACGGAGAAAGGAUCUUCCUCAGCCUCGAGAAAUUUGAUGGCGUUCCGGUGACUCUGGUGACUAUGCCGACGAGCAGUGCGUCCUCCGCACCCCCGAAGCUCACCCCUUUCCCCUCGUGGGACAUGUAUCUUAACGAAUCUGGAAACUGCAGCAAGAUCGAGCGGCCAGUUGGGCUGCAAGUGGACUCCGUCGGCAGGCUGUGGGUGCUCGAAGAGCGCAAAUUCCGUUGCGGUGCCAAAUUAUGGAUUUUCGACGUAAACGACAACAAAACCGAACUCAUUCAUCAAUUUCCAAUUCACGACACCAUUCACGACUUGGUGAUCGACGAAACGGCCAACGAAACCUUUGCCUACAUCACGCGGUGGAUUGAAAAGCACAUUCUCGUGUUUAGUUUGGAGAGAAAUGAGUCUUGGAUCGUGGACACGCCAGGAAUCAACGUUUUUUCCAUCGCCAAGGAUCUGGAACCGAGACGGCUCUACCUCAGCAACCACCGAUCCAAUGAACUGUAUUCAAUUCCCAUUGCCACCCUCCGCAAAGGAACUCAAACUGCAAAUCCAAGACUCAUCGGAAACUGGACCGAAAUUAGUGCGUAUAGGAUGCUGAUGGACAACCGCGGGACCUUGUACGCCGCCUUUUUAUACGAGAAUUUCACUUCCUCUUGGAACACUUCGCAGCCAUUUCAGGAGGAACGUUUUUAUCAAGUCGCUGGAUUGAAAUUUGUUUGGCCCUUUACUUUUGCCCUGGACCAAAACGGCACCCUUUGGAUGACGGUCUUUGAUAAAAAUAGAAAGCCAAAAUACAGGCUUUUGAAGGCUGCGCUCGGCGCGAAAUCGUAUACCUUCAAGGAUUCACCAGAAUGCUCCAGUUCGUGUCUCGAGAUUGGAACCGCCUAAGGUCGGGAGUGUCCUUUGCAAGGUUGGAUGGAAGGGCGAAAACAGCGAUACACCCUGGCUGCGUCCACGGCACCUGCGAGCAACCCUGAGAGUGCACCUGCCUUCCCAAAUUCCAUGCAAAGUGAUUUAGGCUGGGGAAGAGAUUUUAGUUGGAUAUUAAAUGUUUCCUGGG